GUGGCUUCAAGCUCCUACCUCCUGCUGCUGCAGCAGGGCAACAACCGUGGACAAAGGCUUCUACCAGAAGCAACAUGGCUGCUGGAUCGGGAUCGGGCCAACUGGACUGUGAUAGGUGCAGCCUCUGAGGCUGUUCGCAAACUGAACCACGAAGAUCUUAGGACAAAGGACCCUGAGGGAAAGGCCAGUGACAAGGGCCUCAAGCUGUUUCUCCAGACCCUGAAGGACAACAUAGCCGUCGAGCAACCUGUGCGCCUCAAUGAGCUCUUUUUGAAGUGCUUCUACUCGCCGCAGGUGUGGAGAGGGUCAACGGAGACAAUGGCUCAAUACAUUGUCCGACGUGAGCAGGACUUUGUGAGGCUGAAAGAGGCUUCAGAGCAGACUCAGGUGAGUGAGAAUGUCAGGUGUCUGCUGCUGCUGCUGCUUUUCAGCGGACUUGAUGGACGAGAACAACAAGCUGUCCUUGCAUCCGUUGGCAAUGAGUAUGACUUCAAGAAAGUAGCCCAUGCCCUGAGGAUCCAGUACCCGAAUGCCAUUCCAAGGCCAGUCAUGCGACGUGACUUCCUUGGUGCUGGUCGAACUGCUGCUGCUAGCAUCCAAUCGAAGAUGCGCUUCAAGGGGUCCCACAAGAUCAAGCAGGUUCUUGCCGUUGACGACGCUGAUGAGAAUGACAUCGCCCCUGAAGAUGACGAGGUUUAUGUCGAGGGCGACUUUGCUGAAGAUGAGGACGAGUCUGAAGGCGCCUACGUUGCCUACAGUGAUGAUGAAGCCCUGGAUUCCCUUUUGCAGGAGAUCCCAUGGGACAACCCUGAGGAGAGCAGUCUGGCUGAAGCCUAUGCAACUGUGGCUCAGCACAGAAUGCAGAAGCGGAAUCAAGUUUCUUCGAAGAAGAGCUCUUCUGUGUCUUCGACUAUGACGGUUCCCUUCAAGGCACACGGUGACUUCAGCUUCGAUCAGCGUGCAAAAGAUCAACGAGCUAAGGCGACCAACUUCCUCAAGUCCGUCACUCAGUGCACUGCUUGUUUUCAACGUGGACACUGGGUUGGAGAUCCUGAAUGUCCAAAAAGUGGAAAGAAAGGCAAGGGGAAGGCAUCGCCAAAGAGAAGGCCUGGUGUGAACCAUAGCCCCAAGAAGAAAGCACAGCCUCCGGCAACCUUUUUCGUUUUGCAUGAGGAGAUCCAGUCUGAUGAAGGGGACAUAAAGAUUGUCUUCAACUCUGACUCCGAUGGAACCAACUAUGAACUGGACUCCUAUGGUUUUUCCGCUGGUUUGGAUUUGGCAGCCAGCAACAACAAUGAGCCCAACGACGCUGCCGACAACAACUCCGGCAUUUUGCUGGCAGAUGAGGCCAUUUUGGCCGUUGGCAAUGGUGCCAACAGUUUCACCGAUUCAGAGCUCUGCCAGCACAGCUCCUACAAGGGAGGUGAUGAAAAGCACUACUUUCGUGGUGCAAAUGGCUAUACUGGCCACGUGACUUGCCAAGACCCUUCAUGCGGCAAGACUGUGAUCCGAGCCAACAGGCGUGAGAACAUCAGCAUGUGGCGAUGGUUGGUGAUGAUUGCCCUGACAACCAAAUGGGGCAAGGCAGCUCGAUCACGUGAGCUUGCCCGAACGAUUGGCCGUUUGUCAAUCGCUGCUGAGGCUGAAGAGGUUGAGCCGUUGGUUCCCUUCCGUGCUGGUCAUGCCGGUCGGGCCCCACAGACUCCCUCUCCUGGUUCCGCUUGGACUUGCGUGAGCCGCGCAAGCUUCUCCCGAAACCAAAAGGCCAGAAUCGUCUAUGAUGGUGCACACCCUGAUCGUGCCUGGCUUUAUGGAGUUCUUCUCAGCUUGGAUCAAGAACUACCGCCAUUUCCAGAGCUUGCCGACGAGGACAUGGCCAUCCUUCAACCUCUACCUGCUGAUGAUUCUUUGGUUGGUCAUGGCGCCCUGUCUGGACGCAGCUUCCUCGAGGUUUCAUCAGUUGCUGAGUGUGAGUGGUUCUGCCGAGCAACAAUGCUGCAUGCCUUGGCCAACAAGCCGAUGCGUCCUGAGGUUUUUCGGUUUGCCUUCUACCUCUACGGGCGACUGAAGCUGGUGCGUUCUGCUGCAAUCAGGAUGAUGAAGGGCGACUCCAAGUCAGUUCUGAAGAGGACUGCAAAUCCCUCGGCGAUGGAAGCUUCUCGAUGCAUUCAAGUUCCACUGCAAGUCAUGGAGAACGACCCCAACCAUUUGGAACUUCACUACUGCGACGUCAUGAUGUUUGAGGACAACAUCGAUGAGAAGCCUCCUGGAUCUUCAGAUCCCUUGCUUGGUGCUGAUCGCACUGUGCCCGAGGAGAUGGUCUACAUCCUGCAGGAUGAGGAGUCACCUGGUUUGGCAAUCCUGGGCUCUGGUUUGACCAGAACCAUGCACGGCCGACUUUGGGCUGAGCGUUUUGAGGAGAAACUCAAAGAGCAGGGCAAGCACCCCAAGAUCCAAAAGAAGAAGCAGAUCUUCCGUGGAGUUGGAGGUCAAACUCAGUCUGAAUGCGUCAAGGCAUUCCCCAUUACACUUGGUGGUGUGCCUGGUGAGAUCUACUCUGCAGAAACCGAAGGCGGUGUGCCUUUGCUGAUCUCACGACCAUUCAUGGAGAAGUUGUCAACGGUCCUGGACUUGAGCCGUGGCACUGUCUCUCUUGAGGCCAUUGGAGUUUACAACUUGCCUCUGCAGAAGACCUCCAAGGGCCAUCUGGCUGUGGAUUUGCUUGGUGAUCGUCUUCCUGAUCCUCACAUGACUCUGAAGCCCUGCAACAAGGACGAGGAGUACGAGGACUACAGCUCUGUCAGCCCUGGCAUUUCGCCAAAGUCUUCUUGGGCAUCAGGAGCUUAUCAGCUUCCUUCUGAUGCUCACGACAGUGAUUAUGGAGAUCAACAAGUUGAAGAACAACGUCAUGAAGACUACAUGGAACAUCUACGGGCUGAAGCUGAGCACUUUGAGGACGUCAUGAAGUCCACUGCCGAUGAACCUGACCGACAUCAUGGUGAAGGUCUGAUGUGUGAAGAUCUGACUACUUUUGAACAACUGCUGCAAGAGGAGAGCUUCCUUGUCCGCAAGACCACUGCCAAGAAAGGCAAGAAGCUGGACACUAUGUGCCGCAUCGUGGACCCUGAUGACUGGGACAAGAAGCGCAUCCUCCAGAACAAGAACCUUCGAGCUGUCUCCAAGUCCCCACCAUCUGGGAAGACUUGGAUCAAACAACUUUUUGCAGGACAAAUGGGUUUGACUUUAGCUGCGGUGGUGAUCGGAAUGCAGGUGGCAACCCCCUUGGACUUGUCUUCAACGUCAUGGGAUGCUUCUACACCUGCUGGAAUCAAAUGGAUGAACCGAGACAUGCAGGUCGAGGAUCCUUACCUCACCGUGAUCACACACCCAUGCGGGCCCUGGGGUUCAUGGAGCCGUUUCAAUUUGGAACGUGGUGGUUCUGCUGCUGAGACUGUCCUCGCCAAGAGAGAGGAAAACCGCCCAGUGCUGAAGGCCGUCAACAAGGUGAUCAAAGAUAGACUGAAGGCCAAAAGGCAUGUUUUUGUCGAACAGCCCUGGGGAUCGGCAUCACUUGAAGAGCCUGAAAUGCAUGAUGUUCGUGACUUGAUCGAGUCCGGAGACCUCAUCAUGAUCAAGGUCGACGGCUGCAUGGUUGGCUACAUUGAUGCCGAGAGCGGUUUGCCACAUCGAAAAUCCUCUUGCUAUUUGACUUCCAUGAUUGCGGCAGAGAGCGUCUUCUCCAACCACAUGUGCAAUGGCGACCACAAACAUCAACUGGUCCAAGAACUGCACAAGCCUCUGCAGUUUCAGGUGUUGAAGAAGCAUUCCCUUCGGAAGUACGAUCUCUACCAGAUCAACAACGAGGUCAACGGAAACGUCAAAGGAGGAGAGGACGGGUCACACACAAGACCUUUUGGAGAGAUGCCGCAUCAUGGACUUUCAGAUGGGCCUCUUCCUCAAAUCCAAGAAGGGGAUGAUGAUGUCGCAAUGGACUUUCCUGCUGGCGAUACCCCUGGACAACAUCAACCAACUGCGGGUCCUGCUGCUGUUGCAGUUUUGCCACAGCCACCUCAACCUGGAGAACCUGCACAACCUGCUCUACCAGGACCACUUGCUAGUUCACCAGAUCGACGACAACUGACAGAACCAGAACCAGCACUUGAACCAGUGCCGCCAACACCAAGAGCAACAACCAUUCAUCAAGAUCAACUUCUAGAGACAACAGCGCAAGAGAGCAUGCGAGGCCAACAGGCACUCCCCUCUGCUCUACCUGCUCCACUACAACAACCUUCUCUACUUCAAGCACAAAUGGACUUUCAACAACCUCCACCAACAACAUUGCACACUGCUAUGAACAAUCCUGAUCGGCUUGAUGGGCUGGGACCAAUGAGAACCACACGCCAUGCUGGACGUGAUUCGGUUUCUGGACCCUACCUGGCCGAGGAGGACAUCAUUUCUGCAGGGACCUACGGCACGACUGCGGACGAUGACUGGGAGAUCAUCUGUCCUGGGAUGGAAGAUUCAGUCAGGAGGAUGAGGCUCAAAGAACUUCUCUCUGAGUCUGAUGAUGAGUUUGAGAACUACAUCCUGACCGAUGUCCACCCUGCCGAGGCCUUCCUUACUGGCCGUGCUCUUUUCGAUCAAGCUAUGGCCAAGGAAUGGGAAUCCUGGAUGAAGUUCAACGCAGUGGAGGUGCUCACCGAGGAGCAAGUCGCUGCUCUUCCUCAAGAUGCUGAGGUGAUUGGAACUCGGUGGGUCCACACAGACAAGAACAAGAAAACUCGAAUGAUGCUCGCUGCAACAUCGAAGAGAACCAAGAAGACACAGGAACAGAUCGAUAGAGAGCACCCCUUGUCUGCGAAGUCUCGCAUUGUGGUGCAGGGGAAUCAAGAAAGUGACACUGGAAUUCGAUCUGACUCGCCUACGGCAUCACUCCUGGCCUUUAACCUGGUUUGCUUUGUUGCUGUGAUGAUGGGAUGGUUGGUGAGAGCCUAUGAUGCCUCAACGGCAUACCUCCAAGCGAAGGGCAUUGCAAGACUUUUGAUUUUACGACCCCCAAGACCUCCACCUCCUGGAAUCAGUAUCCACGACCUGUUCAGAGCCAAGGGCAGUAUCUAUGGCACCAAGGACGCUGGCCGAUCUUGGUGGAUCAAACUCUUGCAAGAUGCCAAAGCCGAAGGUUGGAUCCCUUCGAAAAUUGAAGCUGCACUCUUUUUCCUCUACGAUGGAGAUGUUUUGGUAGGUGUCAUGGUAACCCACUAUGAGAACGCCAUGAAGGUCCUGACGACCAAGCUGCAUCUGAAGGAAAAUUCUGGGUCUUUCAAGUUUUGCGGGAAGAACGUGACACAGUUGGAGGAUGGCACGAUCACCCUUGACCAGAAAGAGAUGAUUGAGGUCCUGGAGUACCAGCUUAUCUCCAAGGAUCGACGUACGAAGCCAAACCUUCCACUGACCGAGACCGAGAAAUCCCAGUUCAGGGGCCUAGUUGGUUCAAUGGGCUGGAUUACCCGCCAAACAAGGCCUGACGUUUUGGUGAAUGUGAGCAUGGCUGCUCAGACAAUGGGCAACCCAACGGUGCGUGACAUCUUAGACCUCAACAAAGGCGUCAAGAUGCUCAAGGAGACCAAGGACGCCGUCUGGUCCUUCAAGCCUUCAAAGAUUGACCUGACCAACUGCAUGGUCUUCACCUGUGCCGACAGCUCCUUUGCCAAUAUCAAUGGACUGAAGUCCCAGUGUGGCUACAUUGUGGGUCUAAGCCUUGACUCGCUACCUCAAGGAGACCCCACACCAGUGCUGAUUUUGGAAACAAAUUCGAGCUCUAUUGAAAGAGUUUGUCGCUCCACCUUGGCGGCUGAAUCAAACGCUGUGCUGAUGGGCGUGGAAGCAGCCGACUAUGUGCGCUCCAUCUUGGUUGAGAUGACCAACCCUGGUGUGAAAGUGCGAAACUUGGAGAACGAGUUCGUGAAACGACCUCUCCUGGCUUUCACAGAUGCCAAGGGUUUGGAGGCCACAGUAUCAAAGGAUGCCGGGCAACCCUCUGACAAGAGAGAGAUUUUGAAUGAAGGUCGCAGUCUGGAGGAAGGGUCAACGACCAUCCACUGGUGCGAUACGUCGCCAAUGGUUGCAGACGUGCUGACGAAGCUGGGUUGUGAGAGGGAGCUGAUCCUCGACGUUUUAGCACGAGGAGUCUGGCAAUUGGAGCCAUCCGAGACAGCCAAAGAGAAGAAGAACCGCAUUCGAAUGGAUCGGCAGUUACGCAAGUACAGAAAGAAGGCUGAUGAAAUGGGUGAGGACGGGUGA